AUGAGGAAACUGAGGCUAAGAAAGGUUACGUACUGGCCAGAGGUCACACAGCUGGAAGAUGCAGGAUCAGGAUUCAAACCCAGCUCUGCCUGCUGCCGAGGCCUGGAUGUUUAUACUACCUGCCCUUCAGCCUCUAGAAGCAGCUUGAGAGCUGAACCAGAAUCGGACCCAGAGGCCAACUGCAGCAAAACCAGGAGUUAUAUGCCAAUGACAUCCCUGCCCAAGCCUGCUGCACUGGCGCUUGCUUUGGUUGCCAGAUUGGUUCGGGAGAGUGGGCCUCGGGAGAAGACCCCCAGAUCUCUGGAGCCAAAACCUUUGGUCCUGCCCGUCAGAGACAGGUCUGCUGCCCCUGAGACGCCUGCCCUGCCUUCAUCUCUGUCUGCUCCUACUCUGACAGCCUCCUCCUUCGGCCGCACCGAAGAAACCCAACCCUUGCCAAAAGAAGAGGACCAGAAGGAGAGCGGCACCAAGGUACCUGGAAAGCGAGGGGAAGAGGAAGCUGGGGUCGGAGUGGACCACUGGCUGAACACACGCACGUUUCUGAAAUAUGUCACCGUUGCCAGGUCUGCCCAGGAGAAGAAGCGGCUGAAGCAGAUGAAGGAGAUGGAGUUGGUCUGGAGAGUGAAGGAGCCGGAGAGGGAGCUCGCUUCCCAGAGCCUGGGCUCCCAGAGGACCUUGAUGAAGGAAGGCCUCCUUACCCUCCGGGGCAGUAGGACCCUCUCCGUGCCCACUGGGCCGAGCAGCCCCUGCAGAAACAACGCCGGCGUCGUCCGGAAGAAGCGGGCCAACCGGGCCCCACUGUCCAGCAUCUCUUUCAGCAAGCAGGAGCUCAGCUUUGCCCGCCAUGCUUCAGUGAAACUCUUGUUUCAGCCCCACCUGUCUUUGGGGCUUGUGCAUGGGACAGGAGAUGUGUCCAUCCCCUGGGGCUGCCCAGGUCAGACGCUCCUUCCACGUAGGCUCAGCUCCAGUGGCCUGCGGCUGGCAGGGCUGCUCUCCUCCAUGCGGGGUGCCUUGGAGAUGGCGGAGCAGCUGUGGGAGCUGACACGGCUGCUGGAGGCCGAGGAGUACCAGUCUCGGAUGGAAGGCGUGGGGCGGCUCCUUGAGCACUGCAAGGCCAAGCCAGAGCUCAUCACCGCCAACCUGGUCCGGGUCUUUGAUGCUUUCACCCCAAGGCUUCAGGAUUCCAGCAAGAAAGUAAACCAGUGGGCGCUGGAGUCCCUCUCCAAGAUGAUGCCCCUCCUGAGAGAGAGCUUACAGCCUAGGCUGCUCUCCAUCAUCAUUGCCGUGGCAGACAACCUCAACUCCAAGAAUGCAGGAAUUUACACUGCUGUGGCGACGGCGCUGGAUGUGACGAUUGAGAGUCUGGACAACUCUGGCCUCCUACAAGCGUUUGCUGGGCGGGUGCAUUUCCUGAGUGGCCGCACAGUGCUUGAUGUCACAGAACAUCUGUCCGUGUUGGUGGCCUCAGUUUACCCCCCCCGAAAGCCCCAGGCCGCGGAGCGCCACGUACUUCCGGUCCUCUGGUACUUCCUGAACAACAUGAUCGGGAACGGCAUCCGGCCCGGGCGCGGCGGGAACGUCCGCACGGCCGUCUGCCCGCUGUGCGGGAGCCUCCAGUGGCAGACGGGCUCGCGGCUGCAGGACUUGGCAGCCAGCCAGCCAAAGCAAGUCCUCAAAACGCUCCAGGAGCUCUUAGACCCCGAAUCCCUGUGAGACAGCCCCAAGGUCACUGACGGGGUGGGGAAGGCACCUGACAGCAAGACAACUGGCAGCUCACGCCCCUUUCAUCUGGAUUAAAGACAGAUCUAGAAUGAGCAAUCGUUAUUUUUAUCUUAUUUUAUUUUUAUGA